CUCGCAGAUGUGUGCGCCUCUGCAGCAGCAGCGCGCUCCGCUCCGUCCGCGUGUUCCGGGAGGAGCGCACCGUGUUUGGAUCAGUCUCCUGCGCGCGUAACGCAGAGCGGGCUCGUGCUGCAGCGGACUCCGGAGAGACGUCGGCCGCCAACACUCACAUCGGGAAACGACCAACCAGCUUGGGAAUUUCUUAAAAGGAAGUGAAUUCUUAUUUUCUGUAUCAUCCGUGGAGAUGUUUUCACUUUUUUCCCCUGACGCGUAGUUUUCAAAGUGAGCCCGCUUGAGUGAUGUCAUUGCGCUGCACGCUGGUCGGCGGAGGCUCCUCGGGCAGAUGGAUGGCCACAUUGCUUCACUUGGUUCUGCUCCUGCAGCCGGUGGUGUGGGAGACGGCGGAGGCCAUCCACCCAGACUGCGCCCUGGUGGUUCAGCACAUGAAGGCCCAGGAGGACUGUAACCAGAUGCUCCAACAGGAGCAGAGCCACGACUCCACCAGGACAGGUUGUCCGACGGCGUGGGACGAGAUCCGUUGCUGGCAUCGUGCAGGUGUGGGACAGGUGGUCAGCGUCUCGUGUGCCAAUGUGUUCCAGCUGUUCGCUAGCAACCACGGUUACAUCUACAGGAACUGCACCGAGGACGGAUGGUCCGACCUCUACCCCUCCUACGAGGAGGCCUGCGAGUUCUCAAAGUACGAAGAGCCAGAGCCAGAGACGACAUACUUCUCCAACUUCAAACAGGUGUACACUGCCGGCUAUGCUACAUCCCUCAUCUCUCUCAUAUCGGCUAUUUUUGUCUUCACUGUGUUCAGGAAGUUUCACUGCACCAGGAACUACAUCCACAUCAACUUGUUUUUCUCCUUCAUCCUGAGAGCGAGCGCGGUCUUCAUUAAAGAUGGCGUCCUUUUUUCUGAUGAAAACCUGGACCACUGCUUCAUGUCUACAACGUCGUGUAAAUCAGCCGUGGCCUUCUUCCAGUUCAGCAUCCUGGCCAACUACUUCUGGCUGCUGGUGGAGGGCAUGUACCUGCAGACGCUGCUAGCUCUCACCUUUGUCUUCCAGAAGAAGUACUUCUGGUGGUACAUACUCAUCGGCUGGGGUCUACCAACAACAAUCAUCCUGGCGUGGAUCCUCGCUAGAAACUUCUAUGAUGACAAGGGGUGCUGGGAUGACACAGAUGUGUCUUUCAUCUGGUGGAUCAUAAAAGCUCCAAUAACUGCAUCGCUACUCGUGAACUUCAUCAUCUUCAUCAAUGUGAUCCGCAUUCUGGUCCAGAAGCUGCGAUCACCCGGUGUCGGGGGCAACGACGCUAGUCACUUCAAGCGGCUGGCCAAAUCCACUCUGCUCCUCAUCCCUCUGUUUGGGAUGCAUUACAUGGUGUUCGCCUUUCUGCCAGAAAACACAGGAGCAGAGGCUCGAAUAUUUAUAGAGCUCGGCCUUGGAUCCUUUCAGGGAUUCGUUGUGGCUCUGCUCUACUGUUUUCUAAAUGGCGAGGUGCAGGCAGAACUGAAGAAGAGGUUUUGGAAGUGGCAGACUCAGAGGUACCUGAGCUACAGCAAACGCCGGCGUACGUUGUUCACUGAAAGCAGCACAGUGACACAGAUCUCCGUCCUGGACAAAUCCAGCCCCAAAGACCAGCCGGCCUCAGAGACGCGUCCCCUCGCGCCCUGCGACGUGUCUGCCGUCUGAGGAGCAGCCGCCUCUACUCAGGUCCUGCUUUACAACACCUGCUUGCGUUUGGACUUUGUCCCGAGCGUUGAAUGUUACCGUACAUCUUUUCAGUUUAAAAGCUUUGGAGUUACCCCUCCUCCCCGUAGCCAUGACUACUAAAUUGUUUUUUUCCCCUUUCAGAAAAGUACCGAUGUCAAGUUCACAAAGAAUAUGUCUUCAAACAUCAGAUUUAUUUUUUUCAUUACACAUAUAAUGACACAUAUAACGACAUGAAGAAAGGUUUCUCAUUUGGAGUUUAAUUUUGAACAACUGUGAUUAGUUUACUUUGUCACAGCACCCAUGAGUCCUUUAAGGCUCAACAGUAAAGUGUUUGUGUUGCUCAUAUUUUCCCAUGCCGAGCAAUUCGUGAUAGAAAGUGUGCGUCAUCAAAACGCCAGUUUGAAGAUACCAUGUUAUUGUUGCUCUAACUCAUUCAGUGCCACCGGUUUAACAAUUAUAAACAGCAAAUGGAGCGUGUCCAUGUUACCAUCAGUGGUUCUGUAAGCAACAUGUUGCACAUCUGGAGCACUAGACUGUAAAAUCUAUUUAUUUGUCUGAUUACUGUUCUCAUGUUUGUGUGAAGUGACAGUUUCUCCAGAAUAAAUAAUCAUAGAAGACAGAUUAUGUGGGAUUCAACAACGUGCUUUAAAAUGACAGUUUGUGUUAAUCUUAUAUAUUGUAAAAUGUGGAGAAUAUUUGACUGUGUAUUCCUUUAUCUGUCUGCAAAGGUUUAGUAAUGCAGGGUCUGAUUGUUAACCGAGAACUUCUUCCCGCUGAGAAAUCAUGUGAGGAGACUUGUCGAGCUGCUCUCCAGUUACGGCUUGGCAUGUCGUACUUUCCAUCUAUCUAAUUGCGUUCUUCUGUGUUGACUUGGGAGACAAAUUACAGUUCACGUACAUGUGGACAUUUCAAUAUAGUGUUAUUCAUAGAAGGAAAUGCUGUAUUACUCAGCCACAAACCGCUACAGUGCCUUUAUCAUGCGUAGGACUCACUGUUUCUCUGCCGUUUGCAUUCAAAAUCUGUCUAACAAAAUCAUAUAUUUAAGAUUGUGAUACUACACCGUGUACUUGAAUCUUUGCCGUGCUGCAUAACGGAUGUGCUUCAGUGUUGUGUCCGAUUCAAAGUGACGACGAUUGAAAACAUUAUUGGAAAAACACAAAGCUUUCAUCACAUUUUUAAUUGUGCAGCGAGGACGUGGAGGAUGCUGAGCAUGUUUUCAUGUGAUGUUUCUUAAAGAAAGCUUUGCAUGUCAUGUCUGGGCUUUGCUUUUUAGAUUACACCCAUUUUUGGUCUCAUUUCUAUUUUCUUACUUGACAAAGUGACGUGUAAGUUUCUAUUGCAGGUCGCAGUUUACUACAUGAA